CGCCUCCAUGGAGGGCUCGUGCAGCGGUCCCCUGCCUUACUACUUCCCAAGCCUCAUUUCAACAUGACUUAAGAAGCAAACCCCGGCUCUUCCAGCCACACGCUCACCGUUUUCGCCAAACAGCCGUCGCAGCAUCCCAGCGGUACCAAUUUACAACUUUUUAAAAAAACAUCCCCCCCCUGCUCCACCGAGACCCCUCCCCUGUACUUUGUUCAUCCUUUCCCGGGAGAUAAAUCAGUUCCGUGGGAAUUAAAGGAGGUUGCUCGGUUUUGUUUACUUCGGGGAUCCGCAUGGAUGUGGAAGCGGUAGAGGGGAUGUCUCUGCCCGGUAUCCGACUCCGGAAUCGGCCGAAGCAAGUGAUGCCGAUCCAGAGGAAGGUCAAAGCGAGACGGAAAAAACGAAAGGAGUUGGUUUUAAUCCAAAUCUGCUUGUUCGGCGGUUUGAUUCUGGUCGUCAAGGGGUUUUCCUACUUCGCGGAAAAUUCAGGUUUCCAUGUCUCCAGCCAAAGCAGCGACGGCCAGGAGAGAUGGGGAGGGAGGAGGCUACUGCAGGAAAUGGACAACAGCAGCCUGGAGGAAAUGGAGAGUGAAGGAUCUAAGAACUGCACUGCUCCAGCUCUGCACGAGUUCCCUACAGACCUGUUCACACACAAAGAGAGAACAGAGGGAGCUGUGGCUCUGCAUGUCCUGUGUACCGUCUACAUGUUUUGUGCCCUGGCUCUCGUCUGCGAUGACUACUUCGUGCCCUCGCUGGAGAAGUUGUGUGAGCGUCUCCAACUCAGUGAGGACGUAGCAGGUGCCACCUUCAUGGCCGCCGGCAGCUCGGCUCCUGAGCUCUUCACAUCCAUCAUAGGGGUGUUCAUCACCAAAGGUGACGUAGGUGUGGGGACCAUCGUGGGCUCAGCUGUCUUCAACAUCCUCUGCAUCAUCGGCGUGUGUGGCUUCUUUGCCGGCCAGGCGGUGAAGCUCUCUCAUUGGGCUCUACUCCGAGAUUCAACUUAUUACACAUUCUCUAUCACGGCCCUCAUUGUGUUCAUCUACGAUGAGGAGGUGUGCUGGUGGGAGUCUCUUAUCCUGAUUCUCAUGUAUUCCAUCUACAUCCUCAUCAUGAAGUUUAACGGCAGGGCGCAUCGCUACUUUGACCGUCGAAAGAAAGGCUCUGUGAAUCUGUCCAACGGGCUGACAGGAAGCACUGACCUGGAGGAUAAUGUCACGUGUGAUGCGACUGCAGUCCUGCUCAAGAAAGCUAACUUCCACUGUAAGCCUUCGGUGCUGAUGGUGGAUGAGCUGCUGUGUGCGUACCCCCACCAGCUGUCUUUCUCUGAGGCCGGCAUGAGGAUCAUGAUCACUAGUCAUUUCUCCCCCAGGACCCGCCUCACCAUGGCGUCUCGCAUGCUUAUCAAUGAGAGACAAAGAGUGAUCAACACCACUGAGACUCGAGUCCACCGCAUCACUAACGGCGACUCUGACUCCGCCACCAGGGCUCAUGGGAGGCGGGGCGUAGAGAACGGGAUGGGCGGAGUGGAGCAGGGUUUGAACGGGAGGUGUAGACUUCAGCGACUGGAGUCUGGGAACGAGACAGAGAAUGAAAAUGAGGACAAUGAGAACAAUGAGAACGGCGAGGAAGGAGAGGGAGAAGAUGACGACAACGGCCCCGUGGUGCCUUUCAAAAUCCCAGCCGGGGCGUGCAACAAGCUGAAGUGGAUUACAAUGUGGCCGCUAUCCCUGCUUCUGUUCUUCACCGUGCCCAACUGUGCCAAGCGGCGCUGGGAGCGAUGGUUCAUGGUCUCCUUCUUCACUGCCACCAUGUGGAUCGCUGGCCUCUCCUACAUCAUGGUCUGGAUGGUGACUGUGAUCGGCUUCACUUUGGGCAUUCCUGACGUUAUCAUGGGCAUCACCUUCCUAGCUGCAGGCACCAGCGUCCCAGACUGCAUGGCCAGUGUUAUAGUCGCACGGCAAGGUCUGGGAGACAUGGCCAUCUCCAACUCCAUAGGCAGUAAUGUGUUUGACAUCCUGGUGGGCCUGGGCCUGCCCUGGGCAGUGCAAACGCUCUGCAUCGACUACGGCUCCACCAUCCAUCUCAACAGCAAAGGACUCAUAUUCUCUGUUGGACUCCUGCUAGCUUCAGUGUUCGUCACAGUGCUUGGUGUCCAUUUGAACAAAUGGACUCUGGACUGGCGACUGGGCUUGGCCUGCAUCAUCUUGUACGCCAUCUUCCUCUGCUUCUCCAUCCUCAUCGAGUUCAACGUCUUCAUCUUCGUCAACCUUCCCAUGUGCCGAGACAUCCACUGACCUCCCUCCUCUUCCUCCUAUCUUCUCCUUCCUCUGGUCCAUGAAGGAAACCUCACCUGGCUUCCAGUUUCUCUGCGCCUUGAAACCAAGUCCUACCUUUUACUUUGUCAGAUAGAAAAAUAGAGCUCUAUAUGAUUUAACUUUGGUGCAAUACACACAAGACAGAAGACAGCGGGAGUUUUUUUGGGACCGGACAGGAGGCGUGAAAAGCAAGUCCCAGCAGCAGAGAUCGCCGUCUCACGAAGCGAAAGGUUGGCUGGAGAGAACUUAACUGUAUUAACACCAACAGUUAGGCUACUGUUGGUGAAGAAGCUGCUACUGUAACUGACUGGAGGAAAGAGAGAGAUCCUGCGCUAACAGCCAUUUUUAGCUGGAUUGUUUGUAACUCUUUGUACAAGUUUGGAUAUAAGCACACGAUUAAGGUAUUUUUAAGUAAAAAACUGGCUUUCUCUGUAUAUAUUUUGAGGAUUAUAUAAUAUUAGCUGAUAUAUGGGAUUCUCUUAUGCACAACUGGAUGAGUCUUGCCAAGCUGUACAAUCCGAUGACGGUGACUAUAAUGUAUGUUUUACUUUAGUGAUUCGGUCUGCCAGUAAUACAAAUGCUUCUACAUGUCUAGUACCAGCCGACACAGCAUGCUGUAAUAGCAACUCUAGCUUUGCACUGACGGAGAGAAUCCACAUAUUUAACACUAUUCAAAUAGAGUCUAUGCUACAGGCAUAUCCCAGUACAUGUGGGCUUUAUUGUGCUUUAUUAAAGCCCACAUAGGGAAGGCCCUAGCUGACAUCCAGCACUGUCACUUUAUUGAUUAGAGAUAUUAUUCUAUCAUUGCAAAGCGUCUACAGGUACUCUAAACAUAUAACUACUGAAUUUAAAGUUCCCUCUAGACCUCAUGUAUAUAUUAAAUAAUUAGUUUUUAGUCUCUGAGUUGAGUUUAACAUUGUUACUUCUUAAAGCCAAAAGUAUUUUUAGAAGAGGAGUAAAAGUCGUAGGACUUAAGAGUCAGCUCGAGUGUGUGUGUGUGUGUGUGUGUGUGUGUGUGUGUGUGUGUGUGUGUUUCACAGUGUCGAGGGGAACCAAGGACAUCACUGUUGCUGGGAAGACAUAAUCAUGAUUUAUUUAUGAAUUAAUUUAUUCAAAGAUCAUGUCUAACCGCCAGUUUCAGCCCUUUGGAUCAUGUACAGUGUAUUUUAAUGGAACGCUCUCCGCUCGUGGACGACGGAGCUGUACAAUGUACUGUACCUAAUAUAUAAUCUAAGUACUGGAAACUGACUUGAUGUUGUUUAUAUUUAAGAAUAGAACUUUAUAAUUUAUAAGUUUUGUAUAGUUUGGAAAGAGAUUUGUAUAUUGGUACAAACACGGUGGUGUUUUGACGAUGACGCAUGAGAGUCUUCAUCAGCGCUCCUGACAUGGCUGUAAGAAUCCCCUCGCGUGUUGAAUUAGUGAUGAGUCAUGGAUGUGAAACUUUCAGAUGAAAAAGGAAGUGCGUUCUGAUGGCACUCCACCCUUUGACUUUCACAACACAACGUUUCUUAAACACAGUGCUUUAACUCUUGUGCCAUCACUUGUCAUUUUGAGGCUUCAAAACCAACGCUUGUUGCCAUUCUCCUGCUUGUCUUUGAGCCAAAACAAAGAGCUUUGUCGACAGUAUUGCCACUCUGUUUCAGCAUGUGUACGAACAAAAAUGUGCAAGAUAUGUAUUUUUAUUUGAUGGGAAUUCUCACUGAGGUUUCUCAUGUUAAUAGAGUUGCUGGUUAAUUCAAAGCCUCCUCUGUAGGUGUUGAUGCUCCGCCUGCGGUCACCAGAGAGCGCUGUAGAGCCGCGUAACAUCUUCUCUGACUCUGAUCUCACACACUCAGUACAAAGGGGUUUGGGAAUAUUUUCAGGUAGCGAUAAAUACUGGUUGGUUUGCAUGCCUCUUUCAUAAUUCAGAUUAUUUUGUGUGUAAUUUUAAUGCAUUUCCAAGAUGAAAGGACACUCUUGAUUAUGCUGUACAUAUCAGAUGGGUAUGCUAUUAGAACACAGAUGUUGGAAUAACUUCUGAUGAGCAGUUAUAUUUGAGAUACUGUAUUUAGAAUGUAGGCCUACAACAGUUAGUUUUCAACUAAUUAAUGUCGUUUUAUGCUCAUGUCUUUAAUUGUCUGUAAAUCUUCAUUUUUGUUGAUGACGACCUCUGGGCAGAGGUCAGAGAGGGAUGAAGAUGUCGGCCUUGUUCCCAGUGGUCUUCUUGCAAUAAACUGAUUUACGUACACAAAUCACUUUCCCUGGACUGAUGACUUCAUCAUUAACUUCCUGUUUUAUUUGGACUGCAAGUUAUCAUAACAAUAAAGUAAGACACCUACAGUAUACUCAGAA